CUUUACUUGUUCACCUCUUUGUCUUCAAAGUUCAGCUUAUAGGUUAUGUUUUGUAAAAUUAAAAAUUACCAUUUUUAAUAACUUCUAAAGAUAACUGAUUAAAAUUGUUCCACUGUUUAUUUAUUAUCAAAAAAAAAAAAAAAUAAGAGCCGAAAUCUAGUAUCUGGGUAGAUUGAAGCCACCGUAAUGGCUGUUGCAAGAAGUUCAAUGUUAUUGGGGAAAUGUUUCCCUUGUAUAAAAAAGAACGCUUCCAAAAUAGUUGUAAAAAGGAUGGAAUUGAAUAAACAUCUAUUGAUGUAUUUUGAUAAGGAAGAAACUUACUUCGCGCAUGAUCCAAAUAAAAUUUGUAAAACAAACGACAUUGUUCUAAUAGAAGAGCUGCCUCAGAAGCUGACGAAGCUAAUCACACAUCGGGUAAUGGAAGUAGUCUUCCCUCAUGGUGACGUAACCGAUCCUAUCACUGGAAAGAAAGUUAGCAGAACGAAAUAUAGGGAUGAACUGGAAGAAACAGCCGAAUUGUAUGGGAAAACUGACAGAAGUUACGAUUACGAGUCUGCUCCACCCCGAGGCUGGCAGGAGGACAAAAAAGAUUUCUCGCAUCUGGAAACCUAUACCAGAUAUUCUGCAGACGAUAAAAACCCUAAUGCCGUUGAUAAAUAAGAUCGUAUUUUUAUAAUAGAUUGUAGAAUUUGUAAUAAAGUAUGUUAGAUUGUUGAAUUUGUAAUCAAG